CAAUGUUCUAUAAAGUGUCUAAGCCAUGGACGAUCAUUACGCUUUUGAGUAGUUUCUCACCUUUAUCGCAAACGAUUAAAAUAUGAGUGGACGAGGAAAGACCGGUGGCAAGGCCAGAGCUAAGGCAAAGACUCGUUCUUCCAGGGCUGGACUCCAGUUCCCCGUUGGCCGUGUCCACAGGCUGCUGCGUAAAGGCAACUAUGCUCAGCGUGUCGGCGCUGGUGCACCGGUCUACUUGGCCGCUGUGCUCGAGUAUCUGACUGCUGAGAUCCUUGAGUUGGCCGGCAACGCUGCCCGUGAUAACAAGAAGACCCGUAUCAUUCCCCGCCAUUUGCAGUUGGCUGUCCGCAACGACGAGGAGUUGAACAAGCUGCUCGGUGGAGUGACCAUCGCUCAGGGUGGUGUGUUGCCUAAUAUCCAGGCUGUGCUGCUGCCCAAGAAGACAGAAAAGUCAAAGUAAACCACACACCUGACUGGUCAAAACAACGGUUCUUUUAAGAGCCACCCACAUGU